UAAAAUUCAACAAUUGUUUCGUUGCUAUAUAGUAUAUGUGUAGCUAGCCAGCUAUAAUCUAAAAUAGGUUCAAACGGAAACCCAAUUGAUACAAUUUAAUUUUUGAUAGCCACCACGAAUAAUUUUACUAUUAAUAUAUUUUGGGUGUAUUUUCUCUUCUCUUUUUGGGGUCAAAGUGCAUGGGUGCAAUUUCUCGAUUCGUAGUACGUUCGAUGGGAAUUUAGUCUAACGUGAACGUGCGAUCUAGUUAACGUUCACUAAAACCACAAUUAUACGUUUCGUUUAAACAUCGGUCUUAUACAAAGUUGUACAUAAUUGUUUGCAUAUUUUUUAAUAGCACAAACCAUGUUCGGUUUGCAGCUCACUAAUCAGUAAAACGAAGUGUUUCUGCGUCUAAAGAGUUUUGGCAGAUCUUGAAUGAAGAAACAAAGGGUAUGAAUGUAGUGCAGAGUAAAUGCAGUACAAAUGCAGGAAAAAUUAAUAUGCAGAUUGAUCUGCACUUUAUUUCCAAUCAACAUUAAAAAUGCAGAAGAAAUUAUAAUAUUAAAAAAUUAAGAAAACUGCAUGCAAGAGAAUUCAUGUGAUAAAAAACUGAUCUGCAAGCAAUUGGAAUAAGUGGGCUGGUCGAACACAGGAGCCCAAUGAAGUGUUGUCUUUCAUUUUUUAUCACAUGUAUAACAGAACAUGUAUGUAAAUAAGAAUUAGACAACAGUAAAUUGAACCCGUAUUUUUCGGCAAAACAACGACUUUGUCCUCUUCAUUCUCGUCAUCUUGUGUCAAUUAUUAUGGUCAUUAUUGGUUCUUUUGUAAAUUUAAGGCGAUGCAAGCACGCGUGGUAAUCAUUUUAGUAUUCAUAUUUCGCAGUAAUUAUGAAAGUCUAUCGACUUUGAGUUUUUUUUUCUUGAUUCACGAUUUAACAAGUGGCUCAAAAAGUAGUGUGCCAAUUAGUAUUUACUCCAAUUUAACCAGUCCCUCGUGCAUGCACCUCGAAGAUGUUUGAUUAAAAAUAGUAAACACACUUUUAAAAUAACUUCUUAGAUUGGCAUCAUAACUUCUUAGAUUAAAUACAUAGGGAGUCUUUUUUUUUAAUCAAAUACAUAGGGAGUUAAGUAUCUCAAUUCAUGAUCUGCAACAUUUGGAAGAUACGUAAUUAGAGAUUACCUUUUUCGAAAGAAUUAUGUCAAGAAUAAAACAGUCAAGUAAUCUGAAAAUCACUUCUGAAGAUGAAAUAGUACUGUAUACAUUCUAGUUUCGUUCUUGAUCGUUAAUUAAGCGCCUGCUAAUUUCCUAGGUAUGGUAAAUCCUGAAUACCGUGGUCCGUGUCCAAUGGAUGAUGAUAGCUAUAAUGAAAAAGCUGCCUUAGUGUGGAACCGGUAGAAUGCCAGGCUACUUAGCCAGCCAAUCAACCGGAGAGGAGCAUAUAUAAGAGAUCAAAAGGACCCUACACUUGUCCCUCACUACCUGAAACUACAAUGUGAUGUGACUCGUCUCUGAAUCUUGUCGUGCUUCGAGCCAAACACCGCACGUAUGGUCUACUUCAGUGCGUGUCGACCCUUUUGAAACAAAAACGGAUAAAGCUCCUUCUCUGGUAAGCCGGCAGAUUCUGUUUCUCUUGAACCCAAAAGUAAACAAGAAUAUGUAUUAUAAUUUAGUAAUAAAAGGGAAAAACUAUGAAUACAUAUAACAUAUUAGCUCAUUAUACGUGUUUACACGAAGCCCACAAGUUUGGCUUUUCCACUAAUGAAUGAUCCGAGCCAUGCCGUUUGUUUUUGUUUGAUAGUAUAUUAUUAGGUUUUUGUUUUCUUUCUGUUGGCUGCUUAAGGGUUAACGUAAUUUGCUAAUUCACCACUAGUUUUAUGAAUUGUUAAUUGCUAAGAUCAUGUUAUUAGUUUCGAUUUUCGAGGUAGUGUUAGUACUAAUUACUUUAUUUGACAUUUUGUAUUCAUCUUAAACUAGGUUCGCUCAUCCCGGAUUCUAGGUUUUGAUUAAUUAUUCAAUACGUGUACUAGUUUUAUGAUAUUUGAUCUGGUUCAUUACAACUUUGGUUCUAAUGUCAGAUAUUGUACUACUAGUCAGCACUUUACAUUAUAAAUAUUCAUUUAUCUUAAAUUACAUAUAAUGUAGAGCUUGAUGUCACUAUUGACUUAUAAAUUUGAAACUAGUUCAUUCAACAAAGCCUCCUUAAUUAGAUUUUUUAUUUAUUUGGUGAGUCCACAAAAAAUUAGAGUUUAUGGGGAAUAACAUACGCCAUUGCAAACCCCUUAUUUUACAUGGCAGGUUAACAAAACCAUUCAUCAAAAAUAGAAUUGGGUCGAGAAAAACUCGGACAUUUGUUUUCUUUUUGACAAAGUCUCACAAUUUCUUUCUAAAUAUUGACUAAAAAAUCUAAGGUUCAUUUUUCCCUCUCUCUUAGAAAACCAGGUCAACAUAGCCUAGCCAUAGAAAAAAAAAAGAGGAGACAAACUACGAACCAAAAAAAAUCAAGUACUGACAGAAGACGAACCCACCAACCACGUCUAUUGACAAUAAUACAUCGAUUUGAGAAGAGACAAGAACAACAUUUCUUUCAUCUCUUCUGGAAAUUUUAGCCUAUAGUUUGAUCAUAAUGCCAUUGUGUGCAAAGUUAUUGAUUCAAGAAGAGGGCAUGCAACAAAACAAGCUUUCCUGAGGUUGGUUUAGCUGACUGUUCCUCGACGGGGUUUUGGUUCUCUCUAGCAGCGAAAGGAUGGCAGAAAAUCAGGCAGAGAAAAGGUCGCGUCGUGGGUUGUUAGGUUUCGUGUUUGGUAGACGUGGCUUGUGGUCCAAGAAAUGUACUGCGGACAAUGGUAAUAAAACCCCAAUGCGUAGCAGCAACGCCUCCGCACCUUGCACCUCUAAUAUUCAGUUCACCAAAUCUCCUGGUAACGAACUAAACUCCAAAAAGCUUCAAGAAUAUAAAGUUUCACCUGAACCGAUCCAGAACCAGAACCAGACCCAAAUACAAAGACCUAUUUCAAAACCCUUAUCGAAUCAAUACCCUAAUAAUAAUCCAGGACCGGUCCAACAACAAGCGAGGAAGGUGGUGCCUAGGGAAUCUAUCGGUUUAUCAGGUGAGCUUGAGAGUAUGAUCAUGGACAAUCAGAAAGCCAAAGGGAUGAUGUUUGGUAAUCUUGGGAACUUGAAGCAGCCAGGAACAACAGCGGUUGGGAAUCAAACCACUGUUCAAAACAGUGGAUACGGUAGGAAGACAAUGGAAGGUGAAAGGCAAACACCGGUUAGGCCAAUAUCGGUUUCAAAUAACCAGGACCAGUCAGGGUCUUUGUGUAGGGCGAUAUCCACUCGAAUGGAUCCUGAAACGUUAAAGAUAAUGGGGAAUGAAGAUUACAAGAACGGGAACUUCGUAGAGGCUUUAGCAUUGUAUGAUGCUGCUAUAGCAAUCGAUCCGAAAAAGGCUGCUUAUCGUAGCAACAAAAGCGCGGCAUUGACAGCACUGGGGAGAAUCCUUGAAGCAGUGUUUGAGUGUAGGGAAGCAAUCAGAAUGGAGCCUCAUUACCAUAGAGCUCAUCACCGGUUAGCUAACUUGUACCUCAGGUUAGGAGAGGUGGAGAAUUCAAUAUAUCAUAUCAAACGUUCGGGUCCAGAAGCAGACCAAGAAGACAUUUUGAAGGCCAAAACGGUACAGAUGCAUCUCAACAAAUGCACAGAAGCCAAAAGAUUGCGAGAUUGGAACAAUCUGAUUAAAGAAACGAAAAACACCAUAGCUUCAGGGGCUGAUGCAGCUACUCAAGUAUAUGCAUUGCAAGCAGAAGCGUUUUUAAAGAGUUACAGACAUCAAGAGGCCGAUGAUGCUUUGUCUAGAUGUCCAGUUUUUGAUGUGGAAAUGAAUACUAAAUAUUAUGGACCGAUCGGUUAUGCCGGUUUCUUGGUCGUAUGGGCUCAAGUUCACAUGUCUUUGGGCAGAUUUGGAGAAGCGGUUGAGGCGAUUCAACUAGCAGCCAAGCUGGACAGGAACAACCGGGAAGUAAGUAUGGUUCUCCGGCGUGUACAGGCCGUUACUGCAGCGCGGUCCAAAGGCAACGACUUCUUCAAAACGGGAAGAUUUCAAGAAGCUAGCGCAGCUUAUGGGGAAGGACUAGACCACGACUCAAGAAACUCAGUCUUGCUAUGUAACCGAGCAGCUUGUCUAUUCAAAAUGGGCCAGUUUGAUAGAGCCAUAGGAGAUUCCACGGCAGCACUCAGCGUCCGUCCAGCCUACGCCAAAGCUAGGCUGAGAAGAGCAGACUGUAACGCUAAGCUUGGGAACUGGGAGUUAGCGGUUGGAGACUACGAGAUAUUGAGAAAAGAGACACCGGAAGACGACCAAGUGAUCAGAGGAUUGAUGGAGGCUCAGAACCAUCUCGUGAAACGCCGUGGACAUGAGAAUCUUUAACCAAACACAAACCGUUACAUUUGCGUUUUAUAAUAAUCUAGAACAAAGAUUUUAAACUUUACUAAAAUGUUUAUAGUCCAAGUAGAUGGAGAUCACAUGUAAGACUUUAUAAAAUGAACUCUUCUUAUAUAUAUGCAAAGGCAAAAUAGUUAUGUUUUUAAUAAGACAAAUAUUAUCUUUACAUAUAAGAGACAACUAGUAGAAGUACAAGAAGAACAGAGCUUAACAAUCUCAUGGAAGAGAAAAGAAAUAAUAAACCCGGGUUCGAAACUCAGUACUUGUCAAAUUUCGAGUUAUUUUUAUUAAUGAAGUGUGGGUGAAAAGACUUUUUACAUGCUCGUCAUCAAUCUCAAAGAAUUAUUGAUCCCUCCAUGGAUCUAGCUAGACUCGAUCCUAUAUACAAAAGCUAAUCGAACAAAAUUUAAACUAUCUAUACAAUUUUUUUUCUGUUGUAACUUUCCAUUCCAGUAUCAAACUCCACUGCCACGUCACUAUUUUGUAGUGAGUAUCCUCGCUCCGUGAAAACAUGUGCCGCUAGUAUCAUCAGCCGGAUUGGAUUGGGUCGCCGGACUGGAUUGGUUGGCCGAACUGGAUCGGGCGAAAGGAGGGGGCGCCAUUGCAUGUUACUACGGCUUGAACUACCUCGGCUCCUUCUUGAAGAUCAUAACUGAUCCUUGUUUAAUCCACGCCACAGUCAGUUUCAUCUUCUUUCUACUGACUCUGGACUUUCUUUACGACUUCGAAGAAGUGAUCGAGCUUUGCGAAGCGCCUGGUACGGGCUCAUGAUAAACGAGAAUCAGAAAAGGAUCAGGCAUUUCUUUGUGCACUCGACUUGUGUGUUUCUGUGCGUAUUCAAGUCUUUUCUUCGAUUAAACAUGCAGUUUUUUCUCUCAAAAAUUGAGAAUAAACCAGAAGAUCGACUUCCGUUGAUUGUCAAUCAGGCCACCCAAUCCAGUCAGGCGAUCCAAUCCGGUCAGGCGACCCAAUUAAAUCCGCCGAGCCAAUCCAGUCAGGCGACCCAAUCCAAUCCGGCGACCCAAUCCAGUUCGGCCAGCCAAUCCAGUCCGGCGACCAAAUCCAAUCCAGCGGAUGUUACUAGCAGCACAUGUUUUCACGAGCGGGAUGCUCACUACCAAAUAUUGACGUGACGUGGAGCUUGAUAUUGGAAUGGAAAGUUACAACAGCAAAAAAAAAAAAAAGUGUAUAGAUAGUUGAAAUUUUGUUCGAUUAGCUUUUGUACAUAAGAUCGAGUCUAGCUAGAUCCAUGGAGGGAUCGAUAUAUCUUUGAAGUUGAUGACGAGCAUGUAAAAAGUUUUUUCACCCACACUUCAUUAAUGGAAAAAACACGAAAUUUGACAAAUACCGACGUUUGAACCCGGGUUUAUUACUUCUAAUAAAUUUUAGGGAAAGGCCGGUUACUGUGCUCCUCAGCUUCACGACCUGGAACCAUCCCAGUUUAUCCACUUGUAACGCUCACUCGAGUCCCUUCUCAAUGUUGAAGACAUUGUUGCCUGAGGUGCCUACAACAGAGCCAGUGCGUGAAGAAGACGAGAUAUUGGAUCUCCCUGAUGUGCAGCGAUGGCUCUCUGAGCUUCUUCAUUUGGAAAUCCUCAUCGCUCUUAUACGACAACUUAUUCAGCGCUUCUUCUUACUCAAAGGUGAUCCUAUGUAUGACUCUAACGGAUAUAGAGAAAGGGAUUUCAUUUUGGUGAUUUCUCUCUAUACAUACAUCUCCUAGAUGCAUAGAAAGUGUUUGUGAAAAUGCCUCAGAGAUUGUUGAUUUUCAAAUUGUACUGCAUUCCCAUUUAAUACAUCAGAGAGCCUCAGAGAUUUGCAAGACUUUAAAAUGAACUCUUCUUAUAUUAUAUAUAUGCAAAGGAAAAAUAGUUAUGUUUU